AAAUCCACCGGAAACUGAGCUGAAAAAGUGCCAAGUACGGUAACUCUUCUUAUCCGGGUUGACGUUGCACGCAAUCUCAAAACUAUGGCUAGCAACAGAUCGUUAUUAGAGGAUUCAGAGACUACUCUCAACUUUGGAGAGGAGGAGGAUCUCGACAGAGAAAAACGGAUAAAGCAUCCAGUGGCUGUGUUGUUCCAUGUCCUGUUCCGAGGCUUGGCUCUGUUGGCGUACCUUCUGUGUGGACUUUUCAGCUCCAGCUUCAUAACAAACUUUGUCGUGGUAGUGAUCCUCUUGUGCAUGGACUUCUGGACGGUCAAAAACGUCACCGGGAGAUUAUUGGUUGGUUUGCGCUGGUGGAAUUAUGUGGAUGAGCAAGGAGAAAGUCACUGGAUUUACGAGUCUCGAAAGGGAUCAGGAACCAUCAAAAUUUCUGUAGCAGAGUCUAGGAUAUUCUGGAUGUCUUUGGUCGUCAGUCAGAUCUUGUGGGUGUUUUUCUGCUUCGCAACUAUAUUCACAUUCAGCUUCAAGUGGAUUAUGGUUACUGUAGUGGGGUUUCUGAUGAACGGAGCAAACGUGUAUGGCUAUGUGAGGUGUAAAGUUGGAGCCAAGAAGAGUUUGUCCUCUGUGGCUACCAGCUUUUUGUCAACACAAAUGUUCAGAUCUAUGCUCUCUUCAGCUGCUUCUGCAGCCACCAAGACCGAUGGCUCUGCUUCGGAGAGCAAGGCAAGUGCAGAAACCCAGUGAGUGUUGUGAAGGUUGAUAUGAGUGACCUUCGACCUUGGACUCACAGGCUGCCACAUGUGGAACAAGGGACUAUUCUCAAAGGUUAUAAUUUAUAUUCUUUUCUCUGAGAUAUUGAUUAUUUGUUUGGAAAUUCCAUUCCUACUGUUGUUUCUCAUCCUAUUAUAAUAUUUCUGGUAUGAUAUCAGCUGUUGGUUCUUUGAAUGUUCUGACGCAUUGUGGAUUUCAUUAUGUGUACAUGUACAAAUAAAAAAAUUAUGGAAAAUUGUAAUAAAAUGUGAACACUAUU